GCGCUCCCUGGCCGGCUCGCGGGAGACCAGCCCCACCAGGAACGGACGGUCCAGUAGCGCGUUGAGCAGUGCGCGGCGACGGGAGUCCGUGGAGAGAGCGUCCCGUGCGCCUGCAGCCACGCUGCGCCUGCUGCAGCAGUCCAGGGACGCUGAGGCUGCACUCAGGAGUCCUGAAGACAGUUCGAUGUGCGACGAGAGACGUCGCGACGACGACUCGGAGGCGUCCAGCGUCUGCUCCGAGCGUAGUUUGGACUCUUAUAGGAGACAUGAUAGUUCGUGGUCCUGCCAGGGGUGGGAGAGCUCCCCCCCGCCGCCGCCGCCCCCCGACGAGAUCAUAGCGCUGUGCGCCUGCACGCAUUGGACGGAGCGCAAGAACGGACUCACGCAUCUAGCUAACUACUUGAACAGCGGUCGUCUGCUGACAGAAGACCAGUUACGUCGUCUCACAGAACUGUUGAACAAGAUGUUCGUGGACGCGCACACGAAGAUGUUCACACUCCUGCUGGAUGCUGUCUGCGAGCUGCUGCUGGUGCACUGCGCACAGCUGAAGGAUUGGCUCUACCAGCUUAUGUUCAGGUUGCUGAUGAAGCUGGGCACCGACAUCCUGGGCUCCAUGCAGACCAAGAUCAUGAAAACCUUGGAUGUGAUACAUGAAUACUUCCCUGCGGAGUUACAAUUGCACAAUAUAUUCAGGUUCCUAGCUGACGGCGCGACGACGCCCACCGCGAAGACGAAGGUGGCCGCGUUACGGUUCCUGAGCGACCUCGCGCAUGAAUACUGCACUCCCAGCAGCCUCGCACUGGCGCUGAAUGGUGGCGCUAGCGGCGCAGCGGGCCGUGCGCUGUGCAAGGUGGCGGCGCUGGCCAGCGACCCGCGCGCGCCGGAAGUACGCACCGGCGCUCGCCGCGCGCUCGCAGCGCUCUACGACUGCAACCCCGUGCCUUUUACGGCGUUAAUGAGCGAGCUCCCAGCGGAGACGCAAGCUCUAGUCAACAGUGUGGUCCAGCAGCACGUCCGGAGAACCUCUAGCACCGGCAGCGAGAGCCCGCUGCGCGCAGUCAGUAACAACGCGGCGGGCGGCGAGGACGUGUACUCUCGUAUACGCAAGACCACAUCUGAGAUACAUUCGUAUACCGCACAACAUGCUAAUGCGGAAUGCGGCAAUCACAUGUCGAGCAAGGACUCCGGCAUCAGCCAGAUGUCUGGAGCCACUCUCUCCAAAGGCAGUAAUGGUGCCCAGCCUGCUAACGGUGUACCUAACGGACACUACAGCACUAAUGAGACGAUGGCGCGCGCCGCCUCCGCCGACAGCUCGGAGGAGACAGGCAGCACAAAGGAGUCCUCGCCCACGCCGCACGCGCACCUCGCGCACCACGGGGAUUUGGGCCGCGACAAGAUAAAACCUUACGAAACCGACGAGAAUGGAUACAUUAUUACGAAAUGCGGUCUGCGCGAGCCGGAGGUGCUGGAGGCGCUGUGUGCGCUGGACGCGGCGCAGGCGCAGCCCGACCAGCUGGAGCGGCUGCUGCUGGCUACCCACGAACUGCUCAAGUAUGGUGACUGCCGAAAGCCGUGUGAAUAUUUCAAGAACAUAGUGCGCGUGUCGCUGGCCGCGCUGUCGGUGGAGGAGGGCGCGCCCGACAAGGAGAACGCGGAUGUCGCCUCCAACGCAGCUAACAAUUCACAACAGUCGGGUUGGGGCAGUGCCGGCGAGCGUGCAGCGGCGGAAGCAGUCCGCGUGCUGGUGUGGCUGUGCCGGCGCGAGGAGACGCGCACACUGUGGCUGGACUACUUCGACCUCAUACUGCUCAAGUUGAUCAACGCGUACGCACUCAGUAAGGAGGUGAUGCGCGCUGUUGAUGCCGGUAUGCCGCAUAUCGCGCACGCGCUGCCCGCACACCAGGUGUUCGCGCUGCUGAAGCCGGUGAUCCGCACGCGCGGCUACCCCACCUCGCUGUGCGCGCUGAAGCUGGCCACGGAGGUGGCGAAGGCGCGCGGCGCGGAGCUCACUGAUGACAUCGUCUCGCAGCUCAUGGAGGGAGUGGGACAGUUGGCAGACCAUCAGAAUUCAGCGGUACGCAAAGCCGCGGUAUUCUGUAUGGUUGCGUUCACUUUCGCGUUGGGCGAGGAGCGCAUGCAGCCGCACCUCAAACACCUCUCCGUCAGCAAGUUCCGACUGCUGCAGGUAAAUGACGCAUUUCUACUAACAUUAGUAACAAAUCUAGUAAUAAAUAUAGCCUAUAUCACUCAGUGAUUAUGUAGCUUUCUAAUGGUGAAUUUUUUUUUCA